AUGUGGGACCAGGAGGUGCACCACCACAACACUUUCAACCGACUGCAGGUGGACCACCGUGUCCGGCCGUCGUUGCUGACUCCUGCGUGGAAGGCCGGUGCGUUUGCCAUGGGACUGUUCACAGGAUUGCUGGGCAAAGAAGGUGCCAUGGCAUGCACCGAGGCGGUGGAAACUGUAAUUGGAAAUCACUAUAACCAGCAAUUGCGUGUUCUGAGCAACGGGUUCAAUGAUAUUGAGGAGAUUAACAGCGACAAGGUGUCGGAUUCAGCGGACAUUAAGUAUAUGAAAGACACUAUAAAAGUCUUCAGAGAUGAGGAGCUAGAGCAUUUGGACACUGCAAUUGAGCACGACUCGAAAAAAGCCAGACCAUACUGGUUGUUGACCGAGACCAUUAAGGUCACAUGCAAAGCUGCCGUCUGGACAGCAGAAAGAUUUUGA